CUAUUUCACUCUCAAACCAUAAGCAGCCGUCGACAAAGAUGCAUCAGGGUCUUUCUCAGGUAGGGCCACUCGAAACGAAAAUGCCCACAAAUCAUUUUGACCUGCUCUACGAAUUGCGUGCUGUAUUCGAAAGUGGACGCACUCGAAGCGAAGAAUUCCGGCGGCGAAACUUGCAGAGGCUGCUGCAACUUUAUGAAGAGAAUACAAAAGAGAUUUUGGCCGCCCUGAAGGCCGAUCUGGGUAAAAGCAGCAAGGAAUCAAACCUCUUGGAACUGGGCUACAUCAAGUCUGAACUACAGUGCGCCCUUUUCAAACUGCACAAGUGGAUGAAUCCGCCAAAACCAUACAAAAAUAUCAUGUAUUUUUUUGACGGCGUUCGACUUAUCAACGAGCCGCUGGGGGUGGUGCUCAUUAUCGGCCCGUACAACUACCCUCUGAAGCUGCUCUCUCUCCCCCUGCAUGGCGCCAUUGCAGCCGGAAACUGCGUCGUCCUGAAGCCCUCACACCUCACACCACAGACGUCGGCCCUUAUUGCACGCCUCGUGCCGAAGUACCUUGACCCGGAAUGUUUCAAAGUGGUUUUGGCCGACGCGGCCGGAACGCAAGAACUGCUCGAGCACAAGUUCGACUACAUUUUCGCGACGUGCUCCAACGCGACAGGGCGGCUAGUGGCUGAAGCCGCUGCCCGCCAAAUGACGCCCUCCUCUAUCCAAAUGGGUGGCAAGUGUCCAGUAUUCCUCGACGAGCAGAUCGGAAACUUUGAUGCGGCCGUGAAGAGGAUCGCUUACGCCAAGACUGUCAACCUAGGCCAAAUGUGCAUGGCGCCUGACUACAUACUCUGCACUCCGCGAACUAGAGACAAGUUUGUGCCGCUUUUUCAAAAGACCAUGCAGCAGUUUUUCACUGAUAGUAUGAGGCAGUCGGAGCAUUCGGGCAGGAUUGUCAGCAAGGAACACGUCAAGCGGCUGGAGAAAAUGCUGAGCGGCACUAAAGGCACCGUGGUGUUUGGCGGUGAGGUGGACACUGAUCAGCGCUGGGUAUCGCCGACCCUAGUGGUAGACGUGCCACACAACGAUGCCCUGAUGCAGGCGGAGAUUUUCGGGCCAAUCCUUCCCGUGGUGUGCGUGGCGAGUGCUGAGGAGGCAGUUCGCUUCAUCAGGGCGAGGGACAAGCCACUGGUCGUCUACCUCUUUAGCGAGAAUGCGGCCACGCACAAACUCUUCAGUCAGAGCACAUUCAGCGGUGCUCUCAGCAUCAACGAAUGCAUCAUCUACUCGGGCAUUGAAGACUUGCCCUUUGGAGGAGUGGGCGCCAGCGGUAUGGGCCCCAAGUACCACGGCUAUAGCUCCUUCCUCACCUUCACCAACCAGAAGGGCGUGCACGUCAAGAGGCUCAACUGGUUCAGUGAGCUAGUGACCAGUGCCAAGUACCCUCGGAAGGAUUCCUUGCUAGGAAACAAGUUGAACGACUUUGCCCUAACCCCGAGACGACAAGAUGAGGGGCGCCUUUUAAUAUAUUUAGUUGUCACCCUCCUCGCAUUCGCGGCUCUCCUGUUUUACUCUGCUGUGAUUUUGUACCUUACAAAGAAUUGUUUCUUAAGAGCAGAAGCCACUGAAGAUGACUGGGUGUGCACAGGACUCAAUUACCUUAUGUCGAUGGAGGAAAUUAUCGUACAGAAAUUACGUCAGUAGCUUAUGCCACUAUGAGAGCGGCUUUGACCAAAAUGGAGUCUUGGCUAUUAAUUGGUGCCUAUAUUUGUCACUUGCCAUUCUGCCUUUAUCCUUGUAAAUGAUUUUUUUAAAAUAAAUUGCAUAAUAUAUCA